UCAAAUUAUCGAACUGCAUUUUUCAUUAUAAACUCUAAACCUUAAACCUCAAAAAUAAUGGAGCUCAUGGCUAGAGUGUUCCUGCUUCUUCUCCUGCCUCUCUCCUCCUCCGCGGCCACCGCCGUUGCCGCCCCUCCGCCUCCUCGAUCUCAAGCUCAAACCGCCGAUGGUAAUGGCGUGCUGGUGAACGGCAACUUCGCGAUGAGCCCCCGGAAGAUGAACGCCACGGUGAUCGUCGGGAGGGACUCGCUGCCGGGGUGGGCGCUGCGCGGCCGCGUCGAGUACGUCUCCGGCGGGCCGCAGCCCGGCGGGAUGUACUUCGCCGCCGCGCCGGGCGCCCACGCGCUCCGCCUGGGAGCGCGCGCGUCGGCGGCGCAGGCGGUGGCGGUGCGCCCCGGCGCGGCGUACGCGCUCACGUUCGCGGCCACGCGCGCCUGCGCGCGCGACGGCGAGCGCGAGGAGGCGCUGCGCGUCGCCGUGUCGCCGUCGUUCUCCGCUCCCGGCGACGUCCCCGUGCGCACGCUCUACGGCGCCGGCGCCGCCGACGCCUGGGCGUGGGGGUUCCGCGCCGCCGAGAGGAACGCCCAGGUCGAGUUCAGUAACCCCGCCGCCGCCGACGACCACGACGGCGACGACGGCCUCAACUGCGGCCCGCUCCUCGCCGCCGUCGCCUUCAAGGAGCUCCCGGCGCCAAUGCCAUCCAAAGACAACCUGAUCCGGAACGGCGACUUCGAGGCCGGGCCGGCGGCGAUCCCGAACUCCACCGCCGGCGUGCUGCUGCCGCCGAAGCGGAAGGACGCGACGUCGCCGCUGCCGGGGUGGAUCGUCGAGUCGCUCCGCCCCGUCCGCCUCGUCGACGCGCCGCACUUCGCGGUGCCGCAGGGGCAGCGCGCCGUGGAGCUCGUCGCCGGGCGGGAGGGCGCGGUCGCGCAGGUGAUCCGCACCGCACCGGGCCGCUCGUACAACCUCUCCUUCGCCGUCGGCGACGCCAGGGACGGCUGCGAGGGCGCCAUGCUGGUGCACGCCGUCGUCGUCGCCGGCGGCGGCGGCAACGCGACGGCGAAGGCGGCGGCGGCGGCCGUGCCCUACGCGUCGCGCGGCGGCGGCGGCGCCAGGCAGGCCAGCCUGAGGUUCGUGGCGAGCGGGCGGCGCGCCAGGGUGACGUUCUACAGCUCCUACUACCACACCAGCGCCGGCGACGGCGUGUCGCCGUGCGGGCCGGUGCUGGACCAGGUGAAGGUGCAGCCAUUGAUGACGAAAGCUUAGCUUAAGCUGUCGUCAGCUCAGCUCAGCUCGUCGUAAUCUUGCAUGCCUUGUGUUGGCUAAUGUUAAUCUGUGGUUUUUUUUUGUUUUUAUUAUUUUUUAGGUAAAAUUUGCGGUUUUUUAUUGAUGUUGUCAUGAAUUAAAAUGAGUGCAAAUGUGCAACGUAGCAGGAUGUGGCUACUGGUACGUGAUUAGCGAUCUCGCGUGACAUUUGAAAGCUGUUUUCACGUUUCAUGAAAUUUGGAAGCUGUUUUCAUAUUUCAGUAUGAAAUAGUUCUGUAAUUCGUUCAAAAAAUA